CUCGUUCUGUGGCAGGGAUAGGCGUCCUCGUAUCCAAUCCUCCCGAGGAGGGAGGGAAAGCAGGAGGAGAGCGCUUUCCUCAUGCGACCCCCGCUCCUGCAGAAGCUCCCGGCAUAAACGAAGAACACACUUCAUCCGAAGCAUAGAAGCGCUUCACUGUGGAAGAUCACCAAAAAACACCUUUAACUUUAAAAACCAAGAAAAAAAAGUAUGAAACAAAGAUCUCGUUGACUCUGAAGUUUGAAACUCACCACAUUCAGCGCAAAGUACAGAAUGGAUCAGCGUCAAGCCACUGCCCCCCGCUUUCUUGAAGAAUGGUGUUCGGGUGAAUCGCUGUUUGGCUACAGAAGGCAUCAGAAUGUCAGGAAAAAACUGAGACCCAUACGAAUCGUAGGGCUCUUCGUGAGCAUAGUGGCCAUUAGCACUUUUUCACUUUCAAUUAGUGCCUUUUUCCAAACAGAGCCCCACAGUACUGACCCGGCCGAUGGAUUAGGUAGUCAGGUGCAUGUACAUCGUCAAAGAACUCUGUUAGAUUUAAAGAACAGGAACGCUCCCCCGAGCCACACUCCAAAGCCACCUGAACAUGAGAACACCACAGAGCACGCUAAGGGAGAGUACCCCAAAGACCUCUUUUCUCUUCAGGAGCGAAGAAGGGGUGCAGUAAUCCUCCAUGUCUUUGGGAUGAUUUACAUGUUCGUAGCCUUAGCCAUUGUCUGUGAUGAGUUCUUUGUCCCUUCUUUGACGGUCAUCACAGAAAAACUGGCCAUUUCUGACGAUGUGGCCGGAGCAACCUUCAUGGCUGCUGGAGGCUCAGCCCCAGAACUUUUCACAUCCCUGAUCGGAGUGUUUAUAGCGCACAGUAAUGUCGGCAUUGGCACCAUAGUAGGUUCUGCCGUAUUCAAUAUCCUGUUUGUUAUUGGAAUGUGUGCUUUAUUCUCUAGAGAGAUCCUGAACCUUACCUGGUGGCCACUCUUUAGAGAUGUGUCAUUUUACAUCAUAGCCCUGAUUAUGCUAAUCGUCUUUUUUCUGGAUAAUUUCAUCAUGUGGUGGGAAAGCUUGAUCCUAUUAACAGCUUAUUUUUGCUAUGUGACUUUCAUGAAGUUCAAUGUUCAAGUGGAAAGAUGUGUCAAGCAACUGAUCAACAGAAACAAAGUUGUCGAGGUAGCUGCAUCCGAGGCCGAAGCAAAGUCAUCUACUGCCAGGGACAAGGAUGAGCAAACCCUGACGACUAAACCACGUCUCCAGAGAGGUGGAAGCUCUGCUUCCCUACACAACAGUCUGAUGAGGAACAGCAUCUUCCAACUCAUGAUUCACACCCUUGACCCACUUGCUGAAGAGCUUGGAUCAUAUGGAAAACUAAAAUAUUAUGACACAAUGACUGAAGAAGGACGAUUCAGAGAAAAGGCGUCUAUCCUCCACAAGAUUGCCAAGAAGAAGUGCCAGGUGGAAGAAAAUGAAAUGCAAAAUGGGGCUGCCAAUCAUGUGGAUCUGGAAAUCCUGGGGCUGGGCCAGGAUUCCUGCACCUCUGAUGGGUCCAGGGCAACCAGCAGAACUAGGCCCACCAUUAAUCAAUCAAUCAAUGAAAAAAUUGAACUUCCCAACAGCAUAGAUAUGGAACUUGAAGUUACGCCUCCCAGUGAAGGUUCAGGACCUGUGCAAAAUGGAAAUCUCUCUCAUGACAUUGGAUCGGCAGAGACACAGACUUCAGAUGCUGGUGAGGAAGAUGACGACCAGCCACUCAGCCUGGCCUGGCCUACCACCACCCGCAAACAGAUAACAUUCAUUAUAGUUUUCCCAAUUGUGUUUCCAUUGUGGAUUACCCUGCCAGAUGUUCGAAAAACUUCAGCAAGGAAGUUUUUUCCUAUCUCAUUCUUCGGAUCCAUCUCCUGGAUAGCCAUUUUCUCAUACUUGAUGGUCUGGUGGGCACAUCAGGUUGGAGAGACAAUCGGCAUUAGCGAAGAGAUAAUGGGGCUGACCAUUUUAGCGGCUGGGACCUCUAUCCCUGAUCUCAUUACCAGUGUCAUUGUAGCCCGGAAAGGUCUGGGAGACAUGGCGGUGUCCAGCUCUGUCGGUAGCAACAUCUUUGACAUUACAGUGGGCCUCCCGUUGCCCUGGCUCUUGUUUACCAUCAUUAAUAACUUCAAACCAGUGGCAGUCAGUAGCAAUGGUCUCUUCUGUGCCAUCGUACUUCUCUUCAUCAUGCUGAUUUUCGUCAUCAUCUCAAUUGCUGUGUGCAGGUGGAGGAUGAACAAAUUCUUGGGCUUUACCAUGUUUGGCCUCUACUUCAUAUUCCUGGUGAUCAGUGUCCUCCUGGAGGACAGAAUUAUUGUGUGCCCUAUCUCCAUCUAACGGGGGGAGAAAGCCAUUUAUUGAAUGAAAAUUUAGACAGCAAUGAAUGGUCCAAAUUCCCUCCACUUCCCAUCUCCCAACCUAAUUACCUUCUACCCCAUAAGAGGUGACAUGUCCACUGCCCUGUCUUUAUCUCCUUGGCUUGUGUAAGAAAGGCUUGAUUCAUAUUUGGCAAAAUAGUUCACAUGCUGCCGUUGCUGCUGCUAAAUGACACGGCUACAUAAAAGAGACAAGAUUAGCUACUAAACAGCUUCCCCUCCUUUGUGUCUUGCUACUCACAGUUCAUACUCCUCUCUGGUCAGAGGUACACAUGCUAUAAUGCUACAAGUUGUGAUGUAGACUAUGUAUAUCAUUUGUUUCUACGUACCUCUAUAUAAACAUUUAUUACUAUAUAUCUGAAUACAGACACAAAGAGCAAACUACAAAUAUAUAUUUAUGUGCGUGUGUGUAUGUGUGUGUGCGUGUGUGUGUGUCAUUGCAGGAGUAGCUCUAGUGUCUUUGUGGGGGAUGGGAGGGUGGGGGUGGGGAAGUCAACCUUCAAUCUGGGCUUUCUGUGUUAAUUGUCCUUGAUGGAAAUAGUUGACAUAACUGCAUUGGGGUGGGGCUGGGGAAAUGUUGUAAUUUUAGUUGGAACCUAAUGAAGUACUUACCGUUGCCAUGGAGAGAUGGACUGACUGGGUUUAAGGGAGUGUUGGAACAGCUUUUGUGAAGAGAACCUUAAUUGUUGCCUGGAAAAAUUACCCCUCUUCGUAGAAGCCCCCAAAGACACUGCAAGGUACUGUCCUGGAAAGGAAGAGGAAGGGAUCCAGUACUGCUGAGCUGGAAGCAUCGAUCUGAAUCCCGGAAGGGUUCCUUGAGACAGUCAGAGAUAAAACCCAGAGUGCUCUUUGUUAGGGGGAAGAAGAGGAUGAAGGGGGGAUAGAAGGCAAGUGCAAGUAGAAAUCACAGUUCCUUAACACCUAGCUUUAUUCCUAGGACAACUGAAUAUAUACUGUACCUGUGUCAUUUCAAUGAUCUUUCCAUAUUCAUCACUGUUAAAAGAAAAAAAAAAGUCAAGUUGGAAUGGCUUUGGUUUUAACGCUAUUGUCUCCAGCUCGGAUUAAUCUCUACCCAGCCGAAGGAGCAUAGGUUUCUAAAGUGUACCUUUCUGUGGCAUGUAAUUUCCUUGAGGCUUGACACUUAACCUUGAUUUGGAGACUUAGCCACCUUUUUUAGAACGAUUUUCCAGUAUGAUCACAGGCAGUUCCAGUAGCCACUGAAAUCACUGUUCCUCAAAGAGCUUCAUUAGCAGAGGAGAGUCACAGAUUACAGCAAGGUCGAUAUUUUGACAAGUGCAUUGACCUGAACCUUCAGAGUCCUGAGAUACUUGUCAGCUGGACCAAUAUGGCCAAGGCUUUGCCUGUCCCGAGCCUUUGGGGGCCAAGCCUAGCCUAGAUCAACAGGUCUGAAGGAGAGCGCUUGAUCUUACUUCUAGGUGGGUCAAGUUGGGCUUGUGUGAUGCUUUUGAGCUCAUUCAGUUGUCCCCUUGGGCCACUGGAAUUCAGAGGCCCAAAAUUAAGAGAAAAGAGGAAUACUCCUUUGGGCUACUCAAAUCUACCCCCAUCCAGAUGCAUAGUAUUAUUUUGGUUUAGGUCCAGCCCAACUUGGGCCAGGAUUUGGACUGGCCUAAACUUGUGCCGGGCCCUAAAGUAUAGAGUUGGGGUUUAUUUUAGAUUACUUUUAGGUUUGAAUAAUAUAAUUUCUCUGGAUCUUUGUUUUCCUUCAUCAAGCUCUAAUUCAGGGUUAGUUUGGACCUGUGUCUUAUGAUGGUAAAAGCAUGUUCAGGGCCAGGUAUAAUAGUGUCUGCGCAUUGCUCUCCUGCCAUUGGCUCUGAGGCUCUUGUUCUGGCUUUUUUUUCUGUGUUUCAUGGGUUGAUAGACUUAACACUCUCAUUAUCCAUUUCAUUUCUCCUCUGAGUCUUUAUCUAGCUAUAUAGAGGAUAUGGUUAGCAGAAAAGGAGAUACACUGGUCAACCAAAAAUGUACUUUGAUUCAAAGAGAAAAAAAAAGUUGAAGUUUCCACAGGAUGCUUAAUGUGGCCUGCUGUUGAAGCACCUUGUGCUAUUUAAGACAUCUGAUCCCUUAAUGGGAGAAUUAGGUUGCCAGUAUCUUAACUUUGACCUCAUCUGUGCCAUCUACAUUAGUUCAUUCUGGAUGUAUGAUUUCACAUGAGCAAAUGAAUACCCAUUAAAAUAGGCAGAUAUAUUUCAGAUAAACAUAGUAUUCCACAGGACUCACGCCUGAUUCCAGUAAUGACUGCCCAGUAAAACUCUUUCAGGCGAUAAUAAAAUAUUUUAAGCAGAGAUUCUCCUGCAAGAAGAAGAAGAAACUAAGAUAACUUCUAGAUCACACAAGGGACUCACAAGUCUUCCAGCUACCAAGCCAUUCUACACUCUUUCUGUAACCACCCUGUCUGUGUUUCCCUGGUUCUAAAUGCAUUUAUAGACGCGAUAAAAUUCACCAAACAAGAGAUGCCAUAUCGUGCCUGAUCCUAUUAGGGCCUGCACAGCCUUGGCCUAGUCUGUGGACGUAGGACCCAGCUAGGUUGUGAGUCUGAUUUCGUUCUUCCACUGUCCCUGCACCCCCCUACACGUACCGACCACAGUGAUCCAAAAGACCCCAGGCAUAGAGGCAAAAGUUCCCAUCAAGUUCAACAGCUCUAGGGCCAUUUAGGAUGCAGUAAAAUAUCACACAUUUCCCAGAGCCCCUAUUCACUUACUGAUACAACUAGUCCCAGCAACCCACAGAGCCAACCAAACAUGUUCAACCCCACCACAAAGUUGGGGUGGAACCUCACUGGGUUUAGCUGAGGUUUCAGGCUCUGGGUGUGGGUCUCCACUUCUGAGGCUGAGUUUGGGCUUAGACCACAGGAGUUUGACCCCUGAAGGACUCCAGCAUCAAAUGACGCUAGGGAUGGCCAGACAAGUGCUGCCCCAGGAAGCUAGGCCAGCUUGAGGAAGACUAGAUUGGCCUGAAUGUCUCAAACUGGACUUGUCAGACAUCUCAAGACCCAGAGACAAGAAUUCCCAUCUCUGGCAUUCAUGACAGGUCUGGGAUGCCUUCUUCCAGAUGCUGCACCAUACACCUUGUUGAUAUACAUGUAUAUGACAGGUGUGUGCCUGUGUAUCUACUUGUGUGUGUAUGCACAUACAAACACAUAUAGAGUGUAAAUGAUGGAGAAAUGCCCAGGGUACUGAUAUUGCUAUGGGUUGGAAAUGACAGCACCAGACGAGACGUUUGUAGGAAUUCCGCUCCCACCCCCGUAUUCAAUGGAUAAAACUUGAAUGAUGAUAUCAAUUCCAUAUCCAUCACUGCCUAUACUGCACACAUAUAUUCAGUGUGUGUGUGUGUGUGUGUGUGUGUGUGUGUGUGUGUGUGUGAAUCAGUGAUUCUCUGCACUCAUUGUCUUAUUUCUUUUUGAGAGCCUAGAACCAUUAAAAGCAAGAUUGGCAGAGUAUGGUGCAGAAACGGAGGAUAAAGAUAGGAAAUACAAGUGAACAAAUAGGAAAUGUAUUCUUCAGCAGAUCUUUGCAAGUCACAGGAUGGAAGAUUCUAGAAGGGUAAGCUAGCCAGUCCAAGGCAUAACUAAGCACAGAUAUAAACAGAAAUAUUUUCUCAUUCACAUGGGAUAGUAGUCAUAGUUACAUUCAAGUGCAGUGUAUAUUUAUGUGUUGCUAGAACUAGGGUGAAGAGAGAAGUAUCAGAAAGCACAGGUGGUACUUUGAAAUUAAAAAUAUUCCUUGGUUUUACCACUUUAGAACAAAAUCUUCAAUAUGGUACUGAUAAGCCUUUGAAAGAACUUGCCUUUAAACCUUCCUAACCAGUGUUCAUCACUUCACAGCCUUGGUACUCUGGGUUUGCCAUUUCAAUUAUGAAAGUCAAAUGUAAAUCUCUAUUAUAGCUUUGUAAACAUGAAGGACUCAUCCAGUACUCUACCAGUAGCUGCACUUUUAAGGAAGUUGGGCUAUAUUCAUUAUAACUUAUUGGUCAUAAUGGCAUAAAUACUGUCCCUCAUUCAAAGUCAAUACAGAUGCAAAAUGCUACGUAGCUUAAUUGCUUGAACCCUGGCUCCUCUUCCAUACAAAUUAAGUCUGGCUCCUGCCUUGAGGCAAGAGGAAAAUGGUCACUUCUUUGAACUGUUCCACUUCUCCCCGGGGACAUUGCUGCCAACUGUGAUCCAUGAGUAGUAAAUCCAGGUGGGACACCCCUCCUGCUCAAGAUAUGACAUUUCCGGGACCACCUCCUGCCCCCUUUCUCCAUUCUCCACCCAGCGCCAACAGAAAUGGGCAAGCUGGGGCAGUAAACAUGUUUAAGAGAAAGGAUUGAAAUUUACAGUUGAUCCUAAAAAGGGAACACAUUUAAUGCCAACUUUCUUUUUAUGCACUGCCAGUUCCAAAUUAACUUGAGCAGACACAAAAUUCUUGUAUAGCUAUGCUGGGAUUACACUGAGGCAGGUAGAAAUGGGAUCUGAAAGUUGAAUGACUAGGCUGCGACUUGAGAUGAAGUGAGAUUUUAUCAUCAGAGCAUUGGUGGAUUAUCCUUAAAACCUAGCCUGGUUUACAGAAAGGCAAAAAGUGCUCAAUGUCCAAGAGAGUCUUUAUGAGGAGUCGAAGAGUGGAGACAGUUGCAGUAAAAAAACAAAAAAACACACAAACCUGCAUUAAGGUGGUGUGGAGCCCUUACAACAUGAAAGAGCUGGUAUUGAUUUGACAUUUGGACAGCAUUAUUGCUCCCCACAUUGGUGGGAAAGUGAGCAAGGAUAAAACCCACACCAAUUAAUUUAGUGCCAUUAAUUUGUUAGGGAGCACGGAUGUGCUCUGGAAAUUAGAAGCAUUAGCCACUGAGAUGGACACCCCAUGUUAGCAAAAAACACAAUCGGUGAUUUAAGGUGAUAAGCAUUGGAAAUUCUUUAGCUGACUGCACAAAAAGUUUGGAGGGGACGGGAGAGGGAAGAUAGCAGAGGCACACAAACUGCUGAACUGAAAUUGUAUUUUUCCACAAGUUAAAAUGUCUGUUAAAAUUCAUAAGAAAGCAGUUUACAUUUGCUUCCCCCUAGGAAAUAGAAAUUUUAGAAGACAUUAAAUGCAAACUUUUAUUUUCUCAGAAUGAGAAAGCAUCAGCUUCCUUGUGUUUAGUGUGUAAAUUAGUAUUCAAGUGAUCAAAUAACCUUUGUGUGGCUGUUAGCCCUAUUCCAGGUGUUUUCUAUGGAACAAUCUAGCAUCUUAGGGAAACUUGCUGUGAAAGCUGAAUCUAAUAAUUAUAAAGCCACUCUGAUUUCACUCUUUCAAAAAAUCCGCCCCCCCCCCCCCCCACAGUAUUUUUUAAAGAAAUUAGAAGGAAAAAAAAACCCAUGACCUGAUCUAACAGAGAUUGAAAUAGGUAGACAUAUAGCAAGCCAUAGUCAAGGCUACUGCCCUGAUUUGGUGACCCUCAUGAUGUCACAUUUACAACUUUCCAAUGUUCAUUCCUUAUGUCAUCCAACCAUUUCCUCUCCAUUGCCAGGAUUCAUUCCCAUUUUAGUAAUUCUCACAGUUUCCUCUUUAUUCUCCAACUCCUGUGUGGUUUCUUUCAACCAUACUUAUCCCGCUUCCCACCAAUUGGAGUGCGUCUCUAUCGAUUUCACCUGGACCUUUGGCAUGCGAGAUUCUCUGAAAGCAGGUCUAAGCCUCUUGAGACCAGAAUGCAUUUUUGGAUGCUGAAUUUAUCUGGAUAACUCUUUUAGGCAUCCCAAUACCAUACUUUCCUUUGUAAUAGCACAUUGUAUUGCUGAUUCCUAAUCCGUUUUUGUUCCCUUUGUAUUCCUGAUCCUUAUCUCUCGUACUCCUGCCUAGCCAGGAAUCCUGGGGUUUGUUUUUCCUCCCUAAACGUACUUCCCUGCCCAUAGCCCAGAUGAACUCUAUUCCAUUAGCUCCUGAUCAUUUCUCCAAGUUAUCAAGGUCAUUUUGAAUUCUAUUCCUCUCCUCCAAGGGGUUGGCCUGCUUAUUCCCCAACUUCAUGCCAUAUAAAAAUGAAGUGCUCAUUAAUCUCUCUUCUAAAACCCAGAUAGGACCCCCUAAAUGGCCCUACUUUUGGAUGUUGACACUCUGUUUGGGGGCAAAAAUCCACUUCAUACGUACUGGUCAAGCUAGGAGAGUUAUGAAAAUUUGAGAUUCCAGCUCCUAGAUAUAGAUGAGAAUUAGGGACAUACAUUGACGCGAAAACAGAAACUGCUUAAUUUAGCUCAUCAAGAACAGUGUAGGACCCACAGAAUUAACUGCACAUGUACCUAUGUAGUUGCUUUUGAGGGGUUGUGUAUCAUUUUCUCAUUUAAAUCAGUAUGACGUGAGUUGUUAAAGCCAUUUCUUUGCCAUUUUAUCAACCAACAUUUAAGUCAGAUUUAUACUCCUUUCCUGGGAAGUUUGACUGACAAGCCAUAUGAUGAAUGUGGCAGCAAAGGGGAAUGUAAAAGUAAUUUAUUAUUAUUAGUCUUUCAUUCCACCCUAAAAUCUUUGAAAAGAUGAAUCCUAAGAUCCCCGGAUGGACAUUGUGCCCCAACUAGCUGUUAAUUCAACAGGACCCCUCCAUCUAGCUUGUUGUGGGCAGAGAAUCUGUUUGCUGUUGUUUUGGACUCUCCCAAGCAUUUAGUACAGUGCUUGGCACACAGUAAGUGCCCAGUAAAUAUGAUCGAAUGAAUCUUUAUUAAAAUUAACACUUGCAGAAAGACCAAAUCACCUAAUGUCUAAGAUAUCAUGAAAUACCACAAUAAUACUUGGUUUUCUAAAUACAAGGUAUUCACUAAGAAUAACAUCUUGGUCAUUCUUUUGCUGUAGUUUUUAUUGUAAUCUAAAGUUUAUCUACCCCAAUAAUAGAUAAAAAUAUUUUGUGAGCAUGGAUCGUGUCUACCAACUCUAUCGUACUCUUCCAAGUGCUCUUUCAAGUACCGUGCUCUGCACACAGUAAGUGCUCAAAUGCCAUUGAUUGAUUCCAGCUAUCAGAUUAUUCUAUUUUCUAACUAAAUGAAUUGGCAAUUGAUCGUUACUAUUCACCAAGGAAAUUUAAAGAGUGGGUAGAAGAUAAGAAUGACACUUCCAAGGCAAAUGGUGGUGACAAAUAGGUGGGCAUCAUCUAAUCCCCGAUGCAGCUCAAUAACAUUGUGAAUGAAUAGCUAUCUCAGUGCAUCUUCUUAGGAAAGAUAUUGUAUUAUUGAUUUUUCUGUUCUUGACAAAUCCAAAUAAUCUCUGGCCCAUGAGAUGUUACAAACUAUCCCAGAAGCGAUAUUACUGGUAUAGUAUUAAAUUUUCGCUCCCAUAUUUUCUCACAGAGAGUUACCAUUUUAUGGUAACCAUAGACUUUCAUUUACUUCACCUAUCAUUACCGCUGUUCAUGUAUUAUCCUAGGCCAGUACCGCACUCAAAGAAUGAUCCAGAUUGUAAUUCUAGAGGAAAAAAACCCACAUUUUUCUGCAAUUAUCUGUAGGUUUCAAGCAAAUGUUUUUUUGUCCCUGUCAAAAGGAAAUAUGGGAUAUGAAUAUGCAGAACUGUCAGCCAUUAACUGGAGACAGGUAUUAAAUUGGGCCAAUCAAGAGCCUGCCACCUUAAGUAGACACAUCCAAAAAUCAGGUUGAUCCUUAGAACAAGGAAGGAGGCGAUUAACCAAUGGUUCCUCCUCUCUUGGGGCCAUUUUGUCUUUUGGGGUUUUCUGUAGGAGAUCCCUAUAGACCCUCUAGACUGUGAGCUCAUAAUGGGCAGGGAUUGUACUUUCCCAAGCGCUUAGUACAGUGCUCUGCACAGAGUAAGCGCUCAAUAAAUAUAAUUGAAUGCAUGAGUGAAUUAAUCCCAUGACCCUCUCUGCUCUUGGGCGUGGAGUAGGAGGAGUGGGGAGGGAAGAGGGUGGGAGACACAUCUUUUAGCCAUCAUUCUUUUUUCCCAGAAUUUGUGCCUAACGUUACACAUGGAUUUGUGUGCCGACUUCCUUCAGUACUCGCUUCAGUUCAUUUUAAUUCUCCAGGAUCAUCUUGAUUUUACGAAAGAGUUACCAUUCUAAAUCAGAAGCUUAAAUGGGCCCCAGAUGAGGUCAUCUGUACCACCUUGCCAUUUAGGACAGAGAGGUGGGAGAGAAAGUGAUCCCAGCGUGAACACGUAGUGGUUCCCAUGUGCAUAUCUGUCCCUGUGGACUAAAAGUUCCAGCAGUCCAUAAUAGAGAGUGGACGUACAUCAGUGCAGCCCUGGUUGGACUCCUUUGAGACCAGGAACAAGCCAGGACCCCACAGUAUCGUGGCUCAUCUAGGAUAGAUUAAAACCAUACUGAACUGGGCUUAGUCAAAAAUUCUGGUCUAAGAGAGACACAGUCACAAAAGUAAGAGUGAUAAAGCUACUUUCUUCCCCCUUGGUUAUAUUUACUGGAGUCAUUUGCAGUAAAGGGGAGGUUGAAGGAAACAGUUCAAACACUGGGCAGGAGACAUCAUAGGGCUGCAAAAUAGAAAUUGAGACAUUGACCCAAGCAAAGUCUUUUGCCCUGAAGCUACACAAAAUAAAUGAAGCGAUUGGCUAAUCAGUCUGAAGCUCGACAGAGUGCCAUUUUGUAAAGGAUCGUUUUAGGAAUCAAAAGCUUCCGAUAUUCCUUUGCUCCUCUUUCUAAAAGAAUGAAAUAAAUAUAAUCAGCCCUUCUGCAUCCCCAUGAGGCAACUGCACCGAAGUCCUGAGAAAUUCUUGUGUUCUUUUUCGGGGAAGAAUUGAUCAAUAUUCACUAGAUGGAAAUAUAUUGUAGUCGUGCGUCAGUUUGUUCUCUGUGAAAGUGAAUGUGUACAUAGUUUGAAAAUGAUAUUUAUUUGUACAUAAACCAUUUGAAGUAAUAUAUAGUUCUGUCUCUGUGCCCACCACUCUUAAUAUAGGAUGUUUCUCUAUGUUUGUGUUACACUUUCAAAUUCGAUGUAUCAGGAACCUCUGAACCAGCCAUUUCCUCAUCUGCAGUCACUUGAUGUAACUAAAUCUAUUAAGUGUGAACAAUAAAAAGCAAUAUAAAAUG